AAACACAGCAGCAUCGUCAGGGCUCACACUGCAUCUCCCUCGUUCUUCUGACCGCACUCUGCUUUUCUGCUUCACAAUAAUUACGUCUCCAACAAGAUUCCGUUCAAUACUCUCUCUCUCUCUGCAACAACAAUGCCUCCGCCGCCCAUUCCCGCCGCCGACCCGCCGCGCUACAGCGAAGACAUCGACAGCACCUGCUCCACCCCCUUCGUCAGCGCCCCCUCCAGCCCCGGCCACGGCCCCUCCGGCUACUUCUACAGCGCCCCUGCCAGCCCCAUGCAUUUCAUUCUCACCAACACCAGAUCCAAAUCUCCCUCCUCGCCUGAUUACGACACGCUCUUCCUUCCCUCUGAUUCCGGAUCCUUCGAGUUCGAGUUCUCCUCCAGGUUUUCCCCCAACGGAUACGGCGGACUCACCUCCAUGACCUCGGCCGAUGAGCUCUUCUUCAACGGUCAGAUCCGGCCGAUGAAACUGUCCUCGCACCUAGCCACGCCACAGGAUGGUUUUCCUCCGCCGUCGUUGGAUCUCGCCGGUGCAUCGAGCCCUAGAGGCAGAGAUCCGAGGCUCCGCAGCGCGAAGCUCGCGAAUCGCCGAGCCAGAUCCAUGUCGCCGCUCCGUUUCGAUCAGUGGCGCGGCGGAGGAGGAUUUGAUUCGCAAUGUGCCUCCAGCGCCGCCGCCGCCGUGGAGGAGAGAGGAAAUGAAGAUGUAGAAGGUGUAUCCGGCGAGACGACGCCGUCGUGCUCGGCGUCGUCGUCGCGGUCGUCUUCCUCGGGUAGGAACUCGAAGAAGUGGAUAUUCCUGAAGGAUCUUCUGAAUCGGAGCAAAAGCGAGGGACGAGCGCACAGCAAGGAGAGGUUCUGGUCGGCGAUUUCGUUCUCGGCGGCGAAGGAGAAGAAGACGACGCCGCCGUCGUCCUCGCGCGACGAGAAGGCCGGAGCUGAGAGGAAAAAAACACCGGCGUCUCGGAAACCGGCGAACGGCGUGUGGAGGAGGCGGGCGGCGCCGUCGGCUCACGAGCUGCACUACACGGCGAGCCGAGCGCAGGCGGCGGAAAUGAAGAGAAAGACGUUUUUGCCGUACCGGCCGGGGCUCCUUGGGUGCUUGGGUUUCAGCUCAAAGAGUUACGGCGCUUUCAGCGGAUUUACUAGAAAUCUCAACCCCAUUUCAUCUCGCUGAAAUCGCACAGCACUAGUAAAUUUAUGUAUAGUUUGGUGCAGUGAUGAUUUAUUUUAGCGAUUUCGAUCUCCAGCUAGUUCGUGUUCAUGUUGAUGUUCGUCUCUUUUUCUUCUGUUAAUUAAUUUUGAUUUUAGAAA